AUGCUUUGUAUCUGGAGAGGCGCUCCUGAUUGGCCUAGGGGGCCCCCCAGCUCUGGGGACUUGUCCUCCAUUCAGCCCACUCGAGGGCGGCACAACCGCUUCCAGCCGGACAACCGGAGCUCGCCGGCCGCGCGGGCCUGACCCAGGUCUGCGGCGGGAACCAGCCGGACCACGUUGGCCGGCCGGGCCCGCACCCUCGGUCAGCUCGGUGCCCUUCCCUGGAGCUGCCCGCCACGAGCAGACCACCCUCUUCAUGGAAAGCCCGGUGCAGUGGCCCCCCUGGUGAUGGCAUCCGACAGUGACGUGAAGAUGCUGCUGAACUUUGUGAAUCUGGCUUCCAGUGACAUCAAGGCGGCUCUGGACAAGUCGGCGCCCUGCCGCCGCUCUGUGGACCACCGCAAGUACCUGCAGAAGCAGCUCAAACGCUUCUCCCAGAAGUACUCCCGGCUGCCUCGGGGCCUCCCAGGCCGAGGGGCCGAGGCUACCCUGAGAAGGGGGCCUGAGGACCGCCCCGGGAGGCUGCCCCUCAAUCCCGGCCCUGACGCCAGCCCUAGCAGUGGUGGGGCCUGCAAGGAGAAGGCUCUGGGGAACCCCUACAGGGAGGAGUGUCUCUCUAGGGAGCAGACCCUACAGGGGCAGAAUCCAGGAGCUGCCAGGCCUGGCCAGGUGCCCAUGAGGAAAAGACAGCUGCCCGCUUCCUUCUGGGAAGAGCCGCGGCCCACCCACAGCUACCCCGUGGCGCUGGAGGGGGUCCUGGGCCCGAGAGAGGGACCUCCCUACGAGUGUAAGAAACACUGCAGGGGCUUGGAGCUCUUCGGGCCCGACAUGGCCCUGAUCCCCAUGUCCCCCAGGGCACUGGCUGAAAAGGAGCCACCCAAGUUGCCUGGGGUCUCCCUGGUGGGCCGUGUCAAUGCCUGGAGCUGCUGCCCCUUCCAGUACCAUGGACAGCCCAUGUACCCGGGCCCUCCAGGGGCCUUGCCGCAGGGCCCCGUCCCCAGCCUGGGCCUGUGGAGGAAAAGCCCGGCCUCCCCCGGGGAGCUGGCCCAUCUGGCCAAGGAUGUGGAUGGCCCGGGGCAGAAGGUAUACAGGCCCGUGGUCCUGAAGCCCAUCCCCACGAAGCCGGCCAUGCCCCCGCCCAUCUUCAACGUCUUUGGCUACCUCUAGCGGGGCUGCGGGCCUCGCUCCCGCCUCAGGCCUGCGGGCGUGUGGGGCCCCAGGAGCUCCCCUGGGAGCAGGGGGCCGGGCAGCGGUGUGGUGUGGCCUCUUGAGAGCCUUCCCUUUA